AAGUGGGCGUGAGAGAGGGGUUGCACGACAAAGAGCUGAGUUAAUGUUUUUGUUUUCACAUUUAGUUUAGAUAUAUUUUUAUGUGAAGCUGAAGCCUGUUUUCGUGUCGUAAGCAGGAUCUCGGUGCUUGGUACAUUUGUUUAAAAAAUCAUAAUACAGUAGCUGGUUAUCAUAUUAAACUGAUAGUGAUAGAUGAUGGCAGCAGUAAAGGCGGCAAGUGUCCUGAUCACAGGAGCCAACAGGGGUUUGGGUUUAGAAAUGGUCAAGCAAAUCUUGGAGGCCCCCUGUCCAAAGCGCCAGAUUUUCGCCGGCUGCCGUGACCCACACGGGCCAAAGUCUGAGGCAUUGAGGGAAUUGGCGAAACAACAUCCAAAUAUGCUGACUAUUACACACCUCGAUGUUACUGAUCUCAGCAGUAUCAAAGAAGCUGCCAAUAAAGUGUCUUCUUCACUGGGGACGAGGGGCUUGAAUCUGCUGGUGAAUAAUGCAGCCUUGUGUUCGCGUGGUACUCUGAUGACCGUCAAAGCUGAAAGGAUGCGUGACAUGUUCAACACCAAUGUGAUAGGAACUUUAUCAGUCAUCAGGGAGUUUCUGCCGUAUCUACAAACUGCAGCCAGAGCCAGCGACAUAUCAGGAAUGUCCUGUGAUAAAGCCGCUGUCAUUAACAUCUCCUCUAUAGGAGGAUCUGUGAGCAGCAUGCCUGGCAUUUACCACCAAUUCCCACUGUUGCCUUACUGUGUGAGCAAGGCUGGUCUUAACAUGCUGACUGCGUUAGCUGCCCACGAAUUAAAAGCAGAUGAGAUCCUCUGCAUGGCCAUUCACCCAGGAUGGGUAAAAACUGACAUGGGAGGGGAAAAGGCAGUUAUUGAAACAAGAGACAGUGUGGCGGGGUUGCUGAAGGUUAUGAGCAAUUCUACAGAGAAUGAACACGGUGGAUUCAUGGACUACACCGGACAAACUAUGCCCUGGUAAAGGCGAAGUGCAAAACCUCUGCCAUCUGAAGAUCACCAAAAGUUCAAGGUCCAGGUCAAGACUACCGCAUAAUAUAAAAAAAGAAUCAUCAUUAUAGAAGACUAUAUUUAUGACAUACAUCUGAUAUAUUUGUAUACAGUAUUAAAUUCAAUAAAACACUCUUAA